UUCAUAUUUAUAUAGUGCUUUGAUCGGAAUAAACUAAAUUUUUCAAGUGUUCAGAAAUACUUAUUUAAUUGUAUACUCUCUUGUAUACGUUUCGUUUAAUAUUUUGGUUUGGCGUCGAUAAAAAAAAAUCAUGGCCAAAUGGAGCAAGCAGCUAUUUAUACGUCUCUUGUGCGAGCUGAUUGCGAGUCUACUUGUGCAAUUCCUUGGAUGCAGUUUCGGUCAAGGCAGUUCGCUUGCAUAUGCGUUUUCUUGGGGCGGAUUAAUUAUUGUUGGAACGAUGGCAUUUCGAAUCAUAUCCGGCGCUCACAUUAAUCCGUGCAUCUCGAUUGCCUCGAUGAUAUUGAAGAAUAUCAAAGUACUGGAUGGUUUUCUUUACAUGCUAAUGCAGUUAGUGGGCUCAGCCAUCGGCUUUCUUAUUGCUUACGUUAUGUUCGGAUCUAACACAUUAUUUGGUGCUAAUACAAAUUAUUGUGUAACGACGGUUACUGUCGAUCCAUGGUGGAAGGCGCUGAUUAUCGAAUUUUAUUUGACCGGCGCUUGGGUUCUGGCCUUCUGCUCAUCGUGGCAUGAAAGCAAUCAGGAACUCAAUGAAUCUGUCUCACUGAAAAUCGGACUUGUUGUCGUUGGCGCCACUCUCGUAGGAGCGCAAUAUUCUCACACCUGCAUGAAUCCGUUCCGUUCGCUUUGGCCAGCUAUCUUUUCUAUGAACUUUGAUCACAUCUAUAUCUACGUGGGUAUGCCCAUUGUGGCGGCCAUAUUGCUUCCGUUCGCAUGGCUUUAUAUUUACUUGUUGGGUGAAGAGGAGACUGCGAAAGGACCUGGAGCCGAAGUCAAGAAUGAGGAGGAGUGACUCAUCUUUUACUACGGUCUUCAGAACAGAAAAUUUUUUUACAAAUUUUUGAGUGAGGUGCAGAUACUUACAUAUUUAUUAUUUAUUAUUUAACGUAAUAAAAUCAUGCAAAACACGCUCAGAGAGAAUAUAAGCGACUGUAUCUAUUGCCCGAAAAUAAUAAAGAUUAUAG